AUGAAGACGAUGAUUGAUACAGGAGCCAAUCGAACUUUUAUUUCUAUUAAAGCAUUACAUCUAGCAUAUAAAAAACAGCCUAUUAAUAAAUUAUCUAGUCGUGUACUUUUAGCUGAUGGUUAUACAUCUAUUUCUAUUCUUGGCACAGUCCAUUUAUCUAUUAACAUGGGUGAUAUGUUAACUACUAUUAAAGCAUUUAUUGUUAAAGAAUUAUGUGUUGAUUGUAUAUUUAAUUUACCAACAUCAUCUUAUGAAGUUGUAUAUGUAAAUAAAUUUACAACAUCUGAAGCAUUGCAAAAAUUAAUUGAUCAUGUACGGCAUUGCCAUGAAUUUUCAUUUGAUACUGAAGGUGAUCGAUCUAGCAAGCAAUUAGCAUUAAUUCAAAUUCAAACGAUA